GAAAGGGGUGUCCUGGUGACGUCACGAAAGGCGCCGGCGCGGAGGGAGACACGUGUGUGAGUCUAGGAGCGGAGUGUUACAGUGUAGCACCGUCAGCUGCAGCAGGAUGAGCUCCGAGGUGCAGAAGGGGAAGAAGAGGGGGAAGUCCCAGUACCGGGGCGCCCCCAAGAGGCAGAGGGGCAGCCGGCAGCUGGAGGUGGGGAUGCAGGGCGUCCUCAUCACCUGCAACAGGAACGAGAGGCGUUGUGUGUCGGAAGCGUACAGCCUGCUGAAUGAGUACGGGGACCGCCUGUACGGGGCGGAGCAGUUACGUGAAAAGGAUGAUAACGAAUCAGACAGUGAGGAGGAGGAGGAUGAUGAUGAUAUUGAAGCUGCAUUGAAGAAAGAAGUUGCUCAAAUUCGAUCCUCUACAGAGAAGCAUUUGCGCAGGUUUCAGUCGGUGCAGAGUGGAGCCAAUAACGUGAUUUUCAUGAGGACUCUGAAUGUUGAGCCUGAAAAAUUGGUUCAUCACAUUUUAAAAGACCUGUACACUACAAAGAAGAAGAAAAGUCGGGUAAUCUACCGUAUGCUGCCAGUCACUGGGACCUGCAAAGCUUUCCCGGAGGACCUCAAGAAGUAUGCAGAGACUUUCUUUCAGCCGUGGUUCCAGGCUCCGAACAAAGGAACCUUCCAGGUUGCGUACAAGGCACGUAAUAACAAUCAUAUGAACAAGGAUGAAGUCAUCAAGGAUCUGGCAGAAAUCGUUGUCAGCCAGAACUCGGAGAACAAGGUGGAUCUGAGUAACCCAGAGUACACCAUUGUGGUAGAGAUCAUCAAGAGUGUCUGCUGUCUGAGUGUAGUGAAGGACUACACCUUGUUUAGGAAGUACAACCUGCAGCAGGUGGGGAUGAAUGACCAAGAGGAGAAACCACAGAACCCGUCUAGUGAUGACAAAAAGGAAGCACAAGAACAGAGCAGGAGCGACCCAGCGCCUGUAGCUGACCCCUAAGCCUACCAGCACCAUCAAGCACAUUUAGCGACCCAGCGCCUGUAGCUGACCCCUAAGCCUACCCGCGCCAUCAAGCACAUUUAGGAUUACUGGAGGUCCAGGGGUUUCCUAGUUGCGUCAAAAAUAAGAACGUUCGAAAGCUGCCACUUUUCAACUUGUUUAUUUUUAAAGAUUUUUAGUGGAACUUAUGGUUACUCAAUACCAAAAUAUGUUUCAAGAAAUGUUUAUGGGCUUCAUUAAAUAGCAAUUUACUAUGCAUUGCAAGCUAGUAUGAUGUAUGUUUUUUGUUUCUUUUCAGUAAUGAGCAUAGAUGUUUUCUACCAAUGCCACAAUUGACAUAACCUUGCUGUCCAUGGCUCAUCUUUGUUUGAUGGUUUUCUUUUUUGAUUAUGUAAUAAAUUGUUAGCGUACAUAGGAGCUUAUGUAAUGGCCUACGGGAUGCAGGCUGUGUAGGAAUUCCGACGAGUGUCUCCGUAUUUUUAAAGCUGAAAUCAUAUGCAAGGCAAAACCAACCAUGUUUAAUGAGAACUGGAUACAUUUUUAAUGGCAUUACUGUAAAGUGUGUGUGUUGAGAAAUGCUUUAAACGGCUUGCUAUUAAUAUAUGCAUACAGUGCCAUCUAGUGGUUAUUCUAGGCCGUUUUCUUUGUGUGUGUGUGUAAUGCUAAUGCAAUUAAUGAAUAGCAUUGCUUGUUAUUACUGUUUUGGGGUUAGGGUUUGUGGAGUGUGUUUUAUUUAGUAUAAUGAGAUUCAUGUCACACAUUUUUGUAAAUAAAUGUUUUUAUUUUAAGUUU